AUUACACAACCGCGUGAUAAUGAAGUACUUGUAAUCAUAUCACUCAGAUGCACUGGAGUGCAGGCGUAACGAGGACGUUGAUUUUAUACUUUUUAUUUUUCCAUCAAAAUCAAAGUGAUUGUUAAAUGGGUAGAUUUUGUAAUUUUGUAUGCAUUUUGAGAUUUUUCAUUCCUCUUUUUGAGAUUUAAGUAGCAAAACGAGUCAAUUUAAGAGCAUCUUCGAAACCCUUACUAUAAGUACAUACUCGUAGAUAUAAAAACCCAAAAAUUGAAGUGGAAAUAACGUAUAGCUGUACGAACUAUAUGUAUAAAAUGAUAAAUUUUCGAGAAAAAAAGCACUCACUUAUGUCUAUGAUUUCCAUGUGUGAAUUCAGUACACCGGUGUUGAAAACUUGAGAGCGUGUAAAACACAACUUCUUGAUGAACUGAACACAGAUAAACAAGUACCUACCUAUCUGCGACAGCGUGAUAUUUACAAAUUAAACUUCUUCAUAUAUAAAUAAUUACUUGCCAUUCUCGUACAAGGUUGACAUAACGAAGUCAAAAUUUAUCUUUCGGUGUUCGGAGCUUUAACCUUAUUACUCGUAAAUAUUUCCUAUUGUUUUUGAAGGUAACAUCGUCGCUGGAUAGCUACGAGUACGAUCUCAUUGCUAUAACUUGGUGUAUUUUCGCCCUGGGAUAUUUGAGCAUAAAAACUCAUCGUACUACAAUACAUAAUUAGUAUAGGUAUCCAAUAUCUAAUUUAAAUUCGUUUCAAAAAAUUUGAGAAGCUGGUUAUUUCUGUUCCAAAUUAUUGUCGCAGCGAUUUUAUUGCAAUAUCUUUUGAAAUUCUUAAAGCUCGAAUUUCGUAGCACAGAUUUUAAACACAGAAUCGAGACAUACAGCAAACAAAUGCGAAUAGACUGUCAUUUUUUAGUUGAUUUAAUAUUUGUUAUUAAAACAGCUGUGAUACAUUCGACUAAUUAUAUGGCAGUACAUUUCGAUGUGCAGUUGCUAUGAUAUGUAACCUAGCAAAUCGUCGAUGAACUGAAUCGCUUAAUCGCGUGAAUUUGCAUAUUUUAUUGUACGAAUGAUUGAAAAAUAAGCACUUAUGCGAAUGAAUUUGAUUUUAUAUUCGACAAAUGGCAAUGUUUGUGAUUCCAAAGAGUGAUAGGUUGCAGUAUUCAGGACAGAGGAAUGAGUGAUUGGUUUGGGAAUAUUUUUGAGACCAAGAUUCUCAACGUUUUUUAAAAACAAAUAGGUCUAUCUAAGCACUCAUCACUUUUAUACUUAUAUUGUUAUUCGAUGAAUUUAUGUAUGUUGAAAAAAAUGACGAAAUGAAGGGGAGAAACAUUGCAGCCAUUUUUUUCGCUGUUGAAUUCGUUGUUCAAUUUUACGUUCGGAUUUAUUUUCACUACGUAUUGAGUUUACUAUUAAAAAAAAAAAAAAAAAUAUGAAAACCAAGCCCACACUAAGUAAACUUUUGGCGAUUACGUGGGUAAGUGGAAGUAUCUUUCAUUCAAUACUAAUUGACGAAAUCGUUCCAACGUAAUUACAAAAUGUUGAACUUUCUUUGCGUCAUACAUCAUACGCAUUUGUUCAAUAUUUUCGAAUAUAUUUGCUCUCUAGGUGCAUCAUUUGGGAAGAUGAACGUAAUUCAAUUUGUGCAAAAAUUUAACCACCAUUCUAAUCCCACUCUAGGUCACAAAAAUGUGUUUUGACGUCCUAUGACAUCAACUUGCAAUGUGUAUUGAUUCAAGUGUACUAUAAAUGCGGACCAAAAAAAUUGAUAAUGGUUUGGAUGCUAGCUAGCAUUUCAUUAGGUACCUGCAUUGCGCCUUGUGGUGGAUAAUUGUGUAGCCUGUACUCGUACAAUCGAAGUACAAAAUUAUGGAAAAAACCAUUCGUGGUUUUUUUUGUAAGAUGAAAAUUUCGCGUCUUUUGUUCUACGUAUUCGUUUUGUUUUCUGUGCUGAACGUGAAGAGCGUGCAGAACGAAGAACUAGAAGAUAUACAAUCAUGGGCUGGAUUCCAAGGCUUAAACGUGCUCUCAGUAGGUGCUGUUGCCAAUGACUGCAAAAAAAUAUUUGAUUCAUGCCGAGCUGAUUGUCAGAAAGUAAUCGAUGACUUGACGAAAGUAGUUGAAACUGCUGAAGAUGCCUCCGUUGUGCCUCCAAAAUUAUGGGAAGCAUUGGGACGUAUCACCGAUAUUUUGCAGAACGCUCCUAAAAGCGUGAGGUUCCAUUUUUCUGAACUUGGUGAUCAUUUUUUGAAAAAAUUGAGCAGCGCAAUCAGCGCAGCAAAAUCCAAAAACUCGGAUAAACUUCAAGAUCUACAAAACAUUUACAAUUCGGGAGUCGAUGCAACAAACGAAUCCGUACUGGAGCUGGAAAAGUCAUUUAGCGUUAAUUACAACCCUAAUUCAAUUAUGCAACAAAGCGUGCCCGAAUCACUGAAUCAAGCUUCUUACUCUCAAAGUGUGGCACUUUAUGAACUCAAACAUUUAUCAACCGCAGUUACAGAAGAAAUUGACAGCAUCGAGAAAGCUGCUCUUCAAUUAUUGAACAGAAUUUACAAAGGAAUCACCCUGACCAAGGAAGUCUCCCUCUCUAUGAAGAAAAGCGGCACCUAUCCGACAAAAUAUGACGAGCAGUAUAUCAAAUACAACUUGCAAAAUUGCGGCUUCCUGGCUAAAGCUAUGAAUCCUGGCAGUACACCAACCAGCCCUGUCUCUGAACCAGUUUCCACUACUCCAAACCAACCAGAUACCGAUUCAGAACCAGUUAUUCCAUCUCUGAGUGCUGAUACACCCGGUGGAGAUGAAUCCGGUUGUGGUGAAAUUUUCCGUAAAAGCGAGAAGAAAAUUAUGCAACAACUGAUACUCACUAUCAAGGAGAUAAAAUCCAUCGAUGACAAAAAAGAAAUCGAUUCGAGGAUGUUCCAAGUUUUCAAGAAUUAUAGCCUUAUUCUUACUAAUUUGAAUAAGAAAGUCAUCACCAGUGUGAUCACAGUUGUCAAUCAAUUCUUUCAACUUUACAAUAUUGUGUUAUCCAUUUUGGAUAAAAUCAAUCCCGAUAUGAAAUCUAAAGCGGAGGAUUUGUUAUAUAUGCAAGAUAUUGACACUACAGAUGCCUAUUAUGCAGAUAUCAACAAAUACAUCGUCGAAGAUUAUUUAUCAUCUGCAAAAAUGAAUGAAUUGCUUCAACGAAUUGAUAACCAUGUAAAAUCGAUGAAAAGUUUGAAAGAAAUUAAAACGGGUAUUACGCAAGAACUUAGUGUUAUCACUAACGAAGUAGGCAUUGAUUUGCAAACCAUGAAAAGCACCAUUCUGUAUGUGUUUGAAGAACUCAAAAAAGGAGUGAAAGCUUUGCAAAACUUGAAAAAUAAGAGCAACAGAACUGGUUUCCGAUAUUAUUUGAAUUUCUAUAGAGGUAAAGCUGACCUGGCUCAACUUAAAAAGCUCAUUUGUACCAUCAAUAGUCUGAAGAUCGAACUUCUUCUGGAAAGACAGCUGUUCACUGACGAUGAAGAAUUGGAAGCUUUUAAAGCUGCUACUAGUGACGUUCAAAAUGAAAUUGAUCAAAAAAAUCAAAAACUUUUGGAAGAAUUGAGUAGCAUGAAUGAUUUCAACUUCGUUCAAGGAUUUGUUUCAAAAAGUGUCUUGGAUUACAACAUGUGCCUUGAAAGUUACACAAUUCAAAGCAGAACCAUUCUGAAAACAGUAAUAACAAAAUAUGUGACCAUAUUUGAAGAAUUGAUAAUUAUCAUUAAACGCCGGAAAAUCAAGAAUUCCAAAACUAUCGAAGACUUGUAUCUUAAUGAAAGCUCUUCUUCGAGUAACCAAGAUGAAGUUGUUUCAAAAUAUUUGCUCGAAAAAACUGAUAUCGAUAUUGAAAAGCUUUGCUCAACUUUGAACCAAGAAAUAAGCACUCAAAAUAAAGAAACUGUCACUCGAGAAAUACAAGAUAUAACCACAGUCACUCAUUCUGAAGUUAAUAAGAUAAACCAAACAGUUCUGAAGAUGAUCAACACAAUGUCAACAGAAAUUCAAAAUUUAAAAGCUAUAAAAGAUGAAGCCAGCCAAAAGAUUGAUUAUGAAAUAAGCGACGAAAAGUUGAAAUGUAUUUCAAAUAUCAUACAAAUAAUUGAUUCUCUGCACAUAAAAAGCAACAAGGAUGAGAUUCAAAGUUUGAGCAUUUAUUUUGAAAGAGUCAAAGAAAAGAUCCAGAUAGCUACUCAAAAUUUCGAAACUCAAACAUCCGAGUGUACAGAAAUGCAACAAUUCAAAAGCCAAGUUGAGACAUUGAAAACAUCCAUAUUUGAAGCACUUACCAAAGCAUCACUGGCAAUCAAAGAAAAAAUCCGCCGGGUUCUUUUUGAGUACAAUGAAAAGCUAUACAUUUUACAACAAAAGACAACUUGCUACCAAUUAGAUAAUUUCCAUGGUCAAGACAGCAGUUUCACAUUGAAUGAUAAUACUAGAAAAUAUGUUACUGGCUAUUACACAUCUGAGGAAAUUUUCACUACUUUGGAUACCAUUAUGAAUUCUUCCACUAGCUCUGAUAUUAGUCAGUUGAAAACUGACAUGUAUUCAAAACUUGAUGAAACCAAUCAAAGCAUUGAAUCUGAACUUGAGAAAAUUCACGACGAUUUGAAUGUUUUUGUUGAGAAGUUUUCUCAAGGCAUGCAAGUGUUAUCAAACAUUGAAACAAAAUUCCAAAAACAAACUGAUGAAACGGAGACCAUCGAUGAAACUGAGCUUACUGCAUUGAAAGAAGUUGAUGGGAUGGUAAAUGUCAUUGGUAAAUAUGUGAAUGUGAAUGCUGAAAAUUCACAGCGAGAAUUGAGAGCUCAAAUUGACAAUGCUAGGCUGCAGAUUUCAAGAAAGUUUGAACAAGUUUCUCAAACAUUGACAUCAAUGCAGGAUUCUACACAGAUGGAAAGCAUUAUAACAGAAUCGAUCAUUAGCUCUGAAACUAUAUUCAAUGAACUGAAAAAUAACACCAGAUGUGAACUUACACGAAGUGUGGAAGAAUUCCUAAACUCGUAUCAAAAAACUAUUACCACAUUACACUCCCAAGUUACUAGUAGUCAAACUACAAUUUUACAGGAUAUAAAUAAAGGUGAUUGCAAAACAGUUGAUGAUGAUUUCCAAAAAUUUAUGCAAAUGAUGCUUCAACAAGACUAUCAAUCACUAACAACUGUGUCAAAUACUUUCGAGUACAUGAAGAAGUACAAUUUUGUUGAUUCUCAAAAUUUGAAAGAAAAGUGCUCUCAAGUAUUUCAGUCCUUGUCAAAUAAAAUGAAUAUGGAAAUUGAUAAUCUUAGUCAUGUUGGUAAAUAUGUCCUUGAAAAUGUGCAAAAGGCAAAUAAUGUCUUGAUCAAGCUGGAAAAUUGUGAAAACAAACAAAAUAUUAAUGUAUCAUUAACAGAAGAAGAGAUCCGAGAAUUCCGCGUAGCUAGAUCAGUUAAUGAAUUGUGGAAGUACAGUUAUCAAGAUACCAGCAUAAGUUCUAUUGGUACAACAAUCACCAGUGCUAGAUCUGAGAUUGAUUUGGAGUAUAGAAAAAUUCAAACAAAAUUAGAAACUUCAACUGACCAAAGUGUCAUUCAAACUGAGAUCGAAUCUAGCAUUCAAAAUAUCCAAAAUAUAUUCCAAACUACUCAAACCCAUGUCAAUGAAAUUAUAAAACAAAACGUUGAGUCAUUUUAUACAUCUAUGACUAGUCAAAUUAAUGAGUUCCAAUCAUCUUGUAGCUCUUCUUUGAAUACAGCAUUGCUAUCAGUUAUUAGUGGUAGAAGUGUUUCUUCAACAGAGCAACAAAGUUCCAGUACUAAUAUUGAUUUCAACAGCUUCACUAGUUCAGUGAACGUGAAACAAAUUUACAGUGAAGUUAAUACAAAACAGACUGAAAGUUCUAGCCACACCAUAGAAAACUUCAAGCAAGUGAUAAAUGAGAAAUUCAGCAAAGUUGAACAAACUUCAGCUUAUGUUGUAGAAAAUGUGCAAAAAGGAUACGGUAUCAUAGAAGAAAUCAAAAGUUCUCUCCAACUAGACUUGAAUUAUCAGCUGACUCAGUACCAGGAAGAACAAUUAAGGCAGUGUGUAUCAGUCUCUCAUAAAGUGGGAAAUUUGAAAGUUGAUACCAAGACUGCUCAGACAACAAUCACUAAUGGUAUAACUUCUGUUAAAAAUCAAAUUAGUGAAGAGUUCACAAAAAUCAAUGAAUCUGUAUCUACUCUUACUGAUGAAAAAUCUAUUCAAGAGACAGUUUCAAAAGGAGUCAACAAAUUUGAACAACUGUUUACUCAAGCUAAAGAUACGGUUAAAGAGCAGCUAUCAUUGGCAUCAUCUGGCUUUUACUCAUCUUACAUGAAAUCAAUUACAAGUUUUGAAAGCCAUAGCUCCAGCCAACUUUGCAAAACAUUGAGAGAUAUUGAAAAUUAUGAAACUUCAUAUAAGUUGAAUAGUGACCAAUACUACAUGGAUACAGUUUCAUACUUUAAUAGCAAAAGUUUCAAGUCAUGUUUAUCAAUUAAAAACUGGUUCACUGAUAUUCAAUCCACAACAUCAAUAGAGACAUUUUCUACUACAAAUGAAAAAAGUACCAAAGAACUGAGUAGUCUGAAUGAUAAAAUCACUAGCUCUUUUGAAAAAAUGGAAACUAGUUCAACUUAUGUUCUUGAAUCUAUUUCAAAAAGCUCUGAAAUGUUGACACAAAUUGAAGAGUCCGUGAAGCAAGAUGCCACUUAUCAGCUCACUGAAGAUCAAGUCAUUGAAAUACAGAAAUGCAUCAGUAUUUACAAAUCCAUUCAAACAGUCACUACAACUUCUACUUUCACUACUCAAGAAUCCAUUCAAACCAGCAUUAAUGAAGUUAAGAAUAAAAUGAACUCUGCAUACUCGGAAAUAAAUCAGUCGAUUUCUUCCUGUACUGAUGAUAGUUCCAUUACAGAAAUUACUUCUAAAGGAGUGCAGAAAUUUGAGCAAAUAUUUUCUCAAGCUAAGGAAACUGUUAAAGAAGAGCUCUUCCAAUCGUUGAGUAGUUUCCACACUUCAUUUACCCAGAUUUCUACUGAUGCUCAUGCAGAAUUCAAUGAAAUUAGCUCUACUUUACAAAGUAUCAAAAGCAGCUCAAGCACUUAUAAAUCUGAUGAGCAAUGUUAUCAAGAAACAUUGUCAUAUUUCAGCAGUGAAUCUUUCAAAUCCUGUGUAACUGUCAAAAAUUGGUUCAAUGAGAUCAGUUCUAGUAGUUCUACAUCUACAUCCAACAAUGUGAAAGAAAAAUCUAUUCAGGAAUUCAACAGUUUGAAUGAAAAAGUGACCAAUUCUUUAGAUAAAUUAGAAACCAGUUCAUCAUUCAUUCUUCAAACAAUUGAGAGUAGCACUCAGAUUUUCAAACAAAUUGAAACUUCCAUGAUACAAGGUAAUACCUAUCAACUGAGUCAAGAGCAAACUACUCAAUUGCAAAAAUGCAUGAGUGUUUAUCAAAGUGUUCAGAAUACUGUUACCUCAACAUCAACACUUAUUGCUCAACAAACAAUUCAAAGUGAUAUUACCAAUGCUAAAGAAGAAAUCACCAGUGCCUAUUCGCAAAUUUCUCAGUCCAUUUCAUCAGCAUCAGAUGAUCAUUCUAUCAGACAAGUAGAGACUAUAGGGGUGGACAAAUAUGAGAAUAUAUUUUCUCAUGCUACUGAAACAGUAAAAGAGCAGCUUUCUCAGAAAUCAUCUGAUUUUAAUUCAAUGUUUACACAGCUGUCAACUGAUAUGCAGCAAGAAAAUUUACAAACAGUGGUUACUAGUGAAAAUCAUAGUCAGACAGAAAACGACUUCAUGCUCUCAUGCUUCAAUGAUGUGUUCAAGUCAUCUACUGUUAUUAAAAAUUGGUAUUCAGAAAUUAAGAAAAGCACCCAAGAAUCUGAAUGGUCUAUAUUGAGUGGUGGUCUAAGUGGAAAAGUUUCGAGUGAUUUUAGUACCUUGAAUGAAAGGGUCACAAAGUCCAUUGAUUCGAUGCAAGAAAGUUCAACUUAUGUUCUAGACACCAUGAAAAAAGGUUUUGAAUCAAUUAAACAAGUUAAAGAAAGCAUGAUGCAAGAUACAAGCUAUAAGUUAACUCAAGAACAAGUUACACUUUUCCAGAAAUGUGUAACCAUUAACCAAACUAUUCAAACAGUGAUGACAACCACCACUACUACAGUUACCACUGAAGCCAAACAGACCAUGGAAUCUGAUAUUAGUAAUGGGAAGAGUCUUAUCAGCAAUGAAUUCAAUAAAGUAUCUGAUACCAUAAGAUCACUAUCUGAUGAAAACAGUAUUAAUGAAGCAGCAACUAAAGGUGUUCACAAUAUGGACCAAUUCUUAUCUCAAACCAAAGAAAAGGUUGGAUCUGUUUUAUCAGAUUCAUCAUCUACUUUUUAUAAUACCUACCAAAGAGUAACUUCCAUGCUUGAGAAACAAGAAAAUAAUGAAGUGAAACAGGUUCUAUCAGAUAUUACAAAGAAUGAAAGUUCAACUCAAUAUCAAAAUGAUCAAUCGUUCUCAAGUAUGAUUUCUUAUUUCACUGACAGCAGUUUUACAUCAAGCUGCACAAUUCAGAACUGGUAUAAUGAAAUCAAGUCCACUUCUUCAACAUCAACUAGUGAGUCUUCAAGUGUUAGUGAAAACACCAUCAAUACAUUGAGCACAGUAAAUGAGAAAGUUACAAAAUCAAUCGAUUCUAUGCAGGAAAAUUCAUCUUCCAUCAUUGAUACCAUUGAAAAGGGCUCUGAAAUUCUCAAGCAAAUUGAAGAAUCAACUACUAAGAAUAGCACCUAUAAGUUGAGUCAAGAGCAAGUCACAUAUCUUCAUAAAUGCAUUACCAUACAUCAAACAUUCUCUUCCACUGUAUAUACUAAAACCAAAAAGUCAGUGGAAUCUGAUAUUAGCAGCGGAAAGAAUCUUAUUAACACUGAAUUCAAUAAAGCUUCUGAAACCAUAAGAUCACUAACUGAUGAAAAUAGUAUCAAUGAAGCUGCAACUAAUAGCAUCAAUAAUAUGGACCAAGUAUUUUCUCAAACAAAAGAGAAAGUCAAGUCUGUUCUAUCUGAUUCAUCCUCCUCUUUUUACAAUACCUAUCAAAAAGUAACUGCUUCAUUUGAAAAACAAGAAAAUUCUGAAAUAAAACAAGUUUUAUCAGAUAUUACAAAGAAUGAAAGUUCAACUCAAUAUCAAAAUGAUCAAUCAUUCUCAAGUAUGAUUUCUUAUUUCACUGACAGCAGUUUCCAAUCAAGUUGCACAAUUCAGAACUGGUAUAAUGAAAUCAAGUCUACUUCUUCAACAUCAACUAGCGAGUCUUCAAGUCUUAGUGAAAGCACCAUCAAUAAAUUGAGCACAGUAAAUGAGAAAGUUACAAAAUCAAUUGAUUCCAUGCAGGAAAAUUCGUCUUCUGUCAUUGAUACCAUUGAAAAGGGCUCACAAAUUCUCAAGCAAAUUGAAGAAUCUACUACCAAGAGUACCACUUACCAGUUGAGUCAAGAUCAAGUCACAUAUCUUCAUAAAUGUAUGACUAUCUAUCAAACAAUCCAAUCUAUUACAACUAUCACAACUUCUACUACAGUAGCUACUGUAAAACAAACCAUUUCAUCUGAUAUUAAGAAUGUCAAAAGUAAGAUUGUCGACCAAUUCUCCAAAGUUUCUGAAUCUUUGAAGUCUCUCAGCGAUGAAAAAAGUAUCAAGCAAGUAGUUGAUGAUAAUGUCAGUCAAGUUGACCAAUGUUACAAUGAAACCAAACAGAAAGUGCAAACUGAAUUGAAUGAAGCAUCGUCAGAUUUCUUCAAUAAUUAUCAACAGAUUUCAUCAACUUUGGAUACACAAGACUCCAGUGUAUUACAAGAUGUUGUUUCUGGUAAAAAUACUUACCAAUGCAAUUCUGAUGAAACAUACUCAAAAAUGAUUUCAUAUUUGAACAGCGAUACCUUCAAGUCGAGCACCUCAUUACAAAGUUGGUAUGAAGAAAUUCAUACAAGUUCCACAACAAAUCAGUCAAGCAUAAGUGAAUGCACCAUUAAUGAGAUGAAUACAUUGAACAAUCGUGUUACCAAAUCAAUUGAUUCUAUGGAAGAAUGUUCAAAUUAUGUUUUAGAAACUAUAGACAAAGGAUCUCAAGUUAUUAAAGAGAUUCAACAAUCAUCCAAAGAGAAUACCAGUUACCAUUUAACUGAGAACCAAAUCACAGUGUUGCAAAAAAGUAUCAGCAUUCACCAAAUUAUUCAUUCAGUCACAAUAAACUCCAGUAAAUCCGUCAGUGUGGACACUGCUGCGCAGUCUAACAAAUCCACCUCAGUUUCCACAGCUGAGCAACAGAUUACUUCUGAAGUUGGUAACGUUAAGAACCAAAUCAAUGAAGAGUGCACGAAAACAGCUGAAUCAAUACGAUCCCUUUCAGAUGAAACCAGCAUUAAAAAGGCUGUUGAUAAUAAUGUGUCCAAAGUAGACCAAUAUUAUGGAGAAGUCCAGAGUAAAGUACAAACCCAACUGACUGAAACUUCUACCAACUUCUUCAAUAAUCUUCAGUCUUUCUCAUCCACAUUAAAUUCUCAAAGUAAAUCUGAAACUAAUACGGUGAUUCAAGAAAUUUUGGAAGGUAAAAAUAGCUACCAGGUGAAUAGUGAUCAAUCAUUUGACAAUGUUGUAAUUUAUCUGAAGAGUGAUUCAUUUAAAUCGAGUAAUACGGUUCAAAAUCUAUUCCAAACUAUUCAAUCAGAUAAAUCCACAUCCGUAUCUUCAAAUAUCAGUGAACAAGCUAUCAACAAUUUGAACACUCUCAACACCAGUGUCACCAAAUCGGUCGAUUCAAUGGAAAAUAAUUCAAAAUAUAUUUUGAACACUAUAAAAGAAGGAUCUGAAGUCAUUCAGAGAAUUGAAGAAAGCACCAAGCAAGAUUCCAACUAUAAGGUUACUCAAGACCAAAUUAUCAUCUUGCAAAAAUGUAUCACCAUCUAUCAAACUAUUCAGACAAUCACAACUACCACUACCACCACUACUACUACUACCACAUCCAACGAUAAGAAAGCCAAGACAGAUGAAAACAAUGUUAUCCAAAAUAACGACACUUCUCAAAGUUCAGUGGUAUCCAAUGUUGGCAGAUCAAUUGCAGAUGUUUUUGGUAUGGGUAGUGAAAGUAAUAAUGAAAAAACAGACAGUUCAAACAAAGCAGAGUCCAAUGUGACUAAAAAUCAGUCCUCAGCUGAUGUUGUGGAAGUCGCUAAUGAAAAUGACCAGGAUAUGUGUAGCUCUACUUCAAUAUCCAAUACAGAACAGAAAAUCACAACCAAUGUGAGCAAUGCUAAGAGCCAAAUCAGUGAAGAAUUUACCAAAACCACACAAUCCCUGAGUUCCAUGACUGAUGAAACCAGCAUCAAACAUGCUGUAGAAGAAAAUGUCCAAAACACCAGCAAGUACUACAGUGAAGCUAAAAAAGAAGUUCAAACUCAGCUCAAUCAUACAACUUCUAGUUUCUUCAAUUCUUGUCAAAAACUAGAUAGUCAAUCAAAUUCCGCCUUACAUGAAAUAAUAAAUGAGAAAACCACCUACCAAGCUGAUGAUGAUGAGAACUACAAACAAGUUCUCACAUAUUUGAACAGUGAUUCAUUCAAAUCAAGCACUGAUGUCGAUACUUGGUAUAAUGAAAUACAUUCCAAUACUAGUUCCUCAGAUUUGAGUAAACAAUCUGUAGAUGAGCUUGGCAGUCUCAACACUCGUGUAACUGAAUCUGUGGAUACAAUGGAAAAUCAUUCGAAAUAUAUUCUGAACACGAUGAAGCAAGGCUCUGAAAUCUUGAAACAUGUGGAAGAAUCAUCUAAGCAGAAUACAAACUAUGAACUGUCUCAAGAGCAGAUAAUUGUGUUGAAAAAAUGUAUUACUAUUUACCAAGUUAUCAAAACAGUCACUACUACAACCACUACUGUGACAAAUACAGUCUCGGUGAAAAAUAAUUCUGUUUCAAAUCAUUCUACUGCAUCUGACGAUGAAUAUGAGUAUGACAUCGAGGUGAAAAAAAAUACUAAAGAAGUGGUCCAAGUUGAAGAAACUACACAAGAAGAUAAGAUAGCAGAUGAGAAAAGUGCGAAACUUGACUCUUUGAAAACUGCUGCCUCAAAUGUUGAGCAGAAAAAUGAUAAAUCUUCUGAUUCUGUAUCAAAUGAUUCAGCAACUCAUGAAACUAAUAAUGAAACAAAAUCGCUGGAUACACAUGUGACCAAUGCCGACACAAAUGCCACUGCAUCUGCAUCGACUAAUGUUGAAAUGUCAUCUUCAUCUAAUUCAGUAUCCAACGAUGUGGUAAAAGAUGCGGCACAAAAAUCGGAAAGCAGUGCUUCCUCUUCUCUAAAUACUCAAUCAAAUGCAUCAUCUAGUGCUAGUCAAAAAGAUGCCACACUCUCAAAUUCCAGUACCACUGAAAAUCAAGAUGUUAAAAAAAAUGAGGCCAAAAAGUCGUCCAAGUCCAGUAAAGUUGACCAAUUGAAGAAAUUCACCCAAGAAAGUACAACUUCCAAAACAUCCUUAACAACUCUCAUGGUAAAUUGGACAGUUACGAAAUCAACCACUGUCGGAGUUCCCAACACUUGCGAAUCGAUAUCUUGGGAUAAGUUCAUAAAUCACGAUGAAGACGACAGCACUAUAAAAGAAAUUGCAGAUUUGCUGGCUGUAGGCAGAUCCGUCAUCGAAGAUUCCAUCGAAUUGAAAAAAGAAAAAUUGCCUCUGUACAGGGAUAUCGAUGAAAUCGAAGGUCUAGUCGUUCAUUGCAUCGAAAUCGUAGAUGAAGUUUUACUACAGUUAUCAGAAGUAGUUGGUCAGGAUGUACAAGUCCUGAAAGAUUUGUUCUCUGAAAACAUAAGUAAAAAUGUAGGCCCCGAAGCUACCAAAAUUCUAGGCGAUAAAACAUCCACGUUAGAUAAAGAAUUAUUAUCGGCAGCAUCCACCUUUUUCUCAAUGAAAGGCAGUAAGAAAACAGAUUUAUUGAAUCAGAUUUAUAAGCAGUUUAAUAAUGUACAGAUUAAUGACGAAAAGCAAGCUAGGGACAUUGCUGCCCAGAAAUUUGAUAAAUUGCAAUCGAUCAUGAAAACAGUUCUUGAUAAUAUCGACUGCUUGGUUUUACGUGUCGUUGAUACGAUUGAAAAUGCUAAGCAUUUCUCUAGUUGUUUAAAAGAUGGUGAUAAUUCCUAUAUUUCUGUGAAAAAUGGUCAAGUUUUAUGCGAUACUUUGAAAAUACCAUCUAGCCCGUAAAAAGAGUUUUUCACAAUGUUUCCUAACGUUAGUUACCUACCUGUUACCUUUAAUUUAUUAUUCAAAUCGUUGUUAUUUAUCGCUUUCCAUUUUAAAUAAAUUAUUAAUUUGCAAAUGUAACAAUUUUUGUAAAUAAAUUUUUUUAUUUUUUUUUA